AUGGAGAACUCCAGGUACACAGACCUCUUCGACAACAAGCGUCAGAGCGGUCAGCCGACCACGACCCGAAGCAUGGCACAAUCGAACCCUCGAAAUACCUGGUUUGACUACGGUCUCAACUACAUUGGCUUGAGCAGAUCGCACCAAAACUCAGUCAAAGAGGCGCUCGCGAGUGUAGAGUAUGAUUAUCAGAAUCUGGCCCGAGAAGUCAAGGAGCACAGUCGAGAGAAGGUACAGCACAAUGAAGAGAAGGGGGAGCUGCGUGAGACCAUCGAUACGUGCAAGCAUACGAUCUAUGACCUCCAGGCGCAGCUCAGAGAGUCGAAGGACGAUGUCAAGCAAGUGAAGCGGCAAGAGCAGCAGAAGUACGAGAUCAAAAGAAACGCGUACAUCGAUGCCACAAAUAAGCAGGCUGAUGAGCGCGUCGAGAAAGCCAAGAAGCAAUACCCUGGGUUCAUUGAGAACGGCAACAAACAGAUUGCUCAACAUGCAGCUAAUGCCAAUCGCACAGCCGAUCAGAAGCUCGUAGGUCUGCGGCGAGAGUGUGAAGGCCUCGAGCUGAGCAACCAGGAUCUCGAAAAACGGUGCACCAGCUUCGAAACAGAGAUUGAACGCCUCAGAGCUCAGGUGAAGGUGAUGCAAGAAGCGUCUCUCCGCAACGUUGAAGCUGAGCAUUGGGCUCCAUUGUCAGUCUCUGACAUCGACCGCAAGCUGAAGACCAUCCUCAGCGACGUCAAACAGUGGAGCGCCAAGUACGCCCAAUCGUCACUCCAGAACAUGAUUGCUUCACCUCGGUUCUACCUCGUAGGCUUUCGACUCCAGGAAGAGGGCUGUACUGGAUCGACUCAAGGUCUGCUGGAAAAGUUGGGACAGAACAGGUCAAUGAGCAAGAAGCCUGGCAAAGCAGCCGCUCUCCUCUUGGCAGCCCUCGUGUCUUCGGUCAUCAUGCGCCGCAUCAUCAACGACCCAUUCUUCGCCUUCGUAGGCGAAGACGACAGUACAUUGCUGUUGAAGAGUGAUGCCGUAGGCUUGGACCACAUCUUUGCGCAACUGCUGUUGACAGACGAAGAAGGAGCUCGCGCCUGGCGCUGCCAGCUCUUCCGCCUGCUAGACCCGCCAGAUGCGACUCUGGGCAAUGAUGCUGAGGAGGCGAAGACAAUCGCCGACAACAGCCGUCACGAAGCCGCUCACCACUUGGGUAAAGUGAUCUUGCACGAAGCUGCAGAUGUCUUGAUCCCCGCCGCCGACUGCAAAGCUGCACUGGCUAGCCUCGAGUCCAUCCUACUGCACGCUGCCGAGCUCUCGUGGACCUUCCACGCACGCAAGCAGAGCAUCAAGGUCCGUGAUAUCGACUACUUCAAGUCCGACAGAGCUUUGUGCUACAAACACACAGCAGCCGAUCUGGAGACACACUCACUCCACUGCGCCGAGGUCGACGACGAGCCAGAUGCCCUGGACGACAAGAUGAUCGUGCUCCUGUGCAACCCAGCGGUCGUAGCCUACGGCACUGCUGAUGGCACUGACUAUGACAAGAGCUGCAUCUGGCGGAAGGGCGUGGUCUGGCUUGGCUAA